GCAACCUAGUGCUGAUCGCUCGUGCCGGCGCGGCCGUUAACCGCCCUUGCGGGAGCCGGAGGCUCUCCAGCAGCCCCCCUCCCCUUCGCGGGCCUCCCCUACCCGUUUCCCCGGUCGGCCCUGGGGCAUGAGCAGCGAUGGCCGGCUGCAGCCCUGAGGAGAAAACUUACCGGCGCUUCCUGGAGCUAUUCCUGGGCGAGUUUCGCGGACCGUGCGGCGGCGGCGAGCCCCAGCCGGAACCCGAACCCGAAGAGUCGGAGCCCGAGCCCGAGCCCGAACUGGUGGCAGCUGAGGCGCGUGAGGCGUCGGUCGAGGAAGCCGGGGAGGCGGCGGCCGCGGGGGCCGCGUCGGAGGAGGGGGAGCACGAGCAGGAGCGAGAAGACCCCGAGCCCGAGGAGGAGGCGGUGGAGGAGGAGGCGGCGGCGGCGGCGGGCGAGGAGGCGGCGGCCCGGGGGCAGUCGGCCGUGCCGCCGCCGCAGACCCGGCUGCCGCCGCUGCCCCCGCUGCCGCGGCCACUGUCGGAGCGCAUCACCCGCGAGGAGGUGGAGGGCGAGAGCCUGGACCUGUGCCUGCAGCAGCUCUACAAAUAUAACUGCCCUUCCUUUCUGGCUGCCGCUUUAGCCAGAGCCACAUCAGACGAAGUCCUUCAGAGUGAUCUUUCUGCACAUUAUAUUCCAAAGGAAACAGAUGGCACGGAAGGGACUGUAGAGAUUGAGACAGUGAAAUUGGCCCGUUCUGUCUUCAGCAAACUACACGAGAUUUGCUGCAGCUGGGUGAAAGACUUCCCUCUCCGCAGGAGACCCCAGCUUUAUUAUGAGACCUCGAUCCAUGCCAUCAAAAACAUGCGCAGGAAAAUGGAGGACAAACAUGUCUGCAUUCCUGACUUUAAUAUGCUCUUCAACCUCGAGGACCAGGAAGAACAAGCUUACUUUGCAGUGUUUGAUGGCCACGGCGGGGUGGAUGCUGCCAUCUACGCUUCCAUUCACCUGCACGUGAACUUGGUGCGCCAGGAGAUGUUCCCCCACGACCCUGCCGAGGCCCUGUGCCGAGCCUUCCGCGUCACCGACGAGCGCUUUGUCCAGAAGGCUGCCAGGGAGAGCUUAAGAUGUGGGACCACAGGAGUGGUGACUUUUAUCAGAGGCAACAUGUUACAUGUGGCCUGGGUGGGUGAUUCCCAGGUUAUGCUUGUGAGGAAGGGCCAAGCUGUUGAACUGAUGAAGCCACACAAGCCGGACAGAGAGGAUGAAAAGCAGCGGAUUGAGGCCCUUGGAGGCUGUGUAGUCUGGUUUGGUGCCUGGAGGGUGAAUGGAAGUCUGUCUGUCUCCAGAGCUAUUGGAGAUGCUGAACAUAAGCCAUAUAUCUGCGGGGAUGCAGAUUCUGCCUCUACUGUUCUGGAUGGAACUGAAGACUACCUCAUUCUGGCCUGCGAUGGCUUCUACGACACCGUGAACCCUGACGAGGCAGUGAAAGUCGUGUCCGACCACUUGAAGGAGAAUAACGGAGACAGCAGCAUGGUUGCCCACAAGUUAGUGGCAUCAGCUCGUGAUGCGGGGUCAAGUGAUAACAUCACUGUUAUUGUGGUUUUCCUGAGGGACAUGAACAAAGCUGUAAAUGUUAGUGAGGACUCAGAUUGGACAGAGAACUCUUUCCAAGGAGGGCAAGAAGCUGGUGGGGAUGACAAGGAGAGUCAUGGGGAGUGCAAGCGCCCCUGGCCCCAGCACCAGUGCUCCGCCCCGGCUGAUCUGGGCUACGAGGGGCGUGUGGAUUCUUUCACGGAUAGAACCAGCCUGAGCCCAGGGUCCCAAAGCAGCGUGCUGGAAGACCCGGGCUACCUAGAUCUCACACAGAUAGAAACAAGCAAGCCUCACGGUGCCCAGCUUUUGCCACCAGUUGAGCUGUUUGGUCCUGGUGCACCAAAGAGAGCCAAUCUUAUUAAUGAGGUAAUAAUGGAGAAAAAAUCAGUUCCAUCAUCAUUGCCUGAAUGGAGUGGUGCUGGAGAGUUUCUCUCUUCUUUUAAUGUGGGUUCAACAGGGCAGCAGGUAUGCAGCAUGGAGAGCUUGCCUCCUGUUUGUUCUAGGCUGGAAAACGAACAGUUCAAGUUCCUGGGAAAGAGAGUUUCUAGGUUGUCUCAUUUAUACUACCAUUACAAAAAGAGGCGGCAUGGAUUCAGGUUUAAUCCCAAGUUUUAUUCUUUUCUCUCUGUUCAUGAGUCUUCCCAGAAAACAGGCAUUAGCCUGUCCUCACUUAUUCGGAAUGGGAAGAGAAAUAGGAUGUUAAGAAGUUCUCUGCCAUGGAGGCAAAAUAGCUGGAAAGGAUACAGUGAGAACAUGAUGAGGAAGCUCAAAAAGAGUAACGACACUCCAUACCCAGAUCUUCCCUGGAGCUUUAAAAUAUAAUCCUUUCUCUCUAGAGUAGGCUAGCUAGCUCUCCCCCAAUAAAGAUACCACUAUCAGAGUAGAAACAAGGUAGAUAUUUCUGAAAUAUGUGUGCUUCAUUAUAGUGAGCCAUGGAUGGCUCAACUCUUAAAUGUAAAUAGAUCUCUAGGAAACUCAAUACAGUGUUUUUCAAUCUAAUAAAGAACAGUAUUGGCGGUUUCACUAGCAAAAUUACACCCCUGGUCCCUGUGAUGUGUCUCUAUACCUACAUACACCCCCAAGACCCCGUCACGUCACUAGUGGAGGCUUGCGAGUUAAGUUGUUUCAGUCAGGAUAUAUAGUGCUGAAAUCUUGAUGCAGGUGAAAUUCGGUCUGAUGUGCCUAAUAUAUGUAUCUGGAAAACUUAAUGCAGAAUUAGAUCUAGUUGAGGAAUGUUCCUCAAAAGACUGGGGACUAUGAGGGAAAACCUCUCCCUUUUUUUUUGGUAGGUAAAAGACUAAAAGCCAUAUGGGUUUUAACUGGAGAAAAUGAAAGUAGAAAACUAGUGUAAAAAUGUCGUAUUCUCAGACUUGUGAGGUGGUAUAUAGUCAAAAAGAUUCACUAAUUUUUUUCCUGUAACAUAAAAGACCAACAAUGAAAAUUUUUUGAAUUAAGCAUUUCCUAGGGCUGUAGCUAUUUGGGAGUUUCAUAACCCGUUAUGGUGCUUUUGACGGAAUUGUUUUUUAGAAGACCGCUGUCAAUUGGCUUUAACCUAUGAUGCUAAUGUUUUUCACUGUACCUUCAUCUCAGGAAUAAAAACUUGUUUAAUGGAGAUGAUUUCAGGUACAAAUAUACUAGAAUCAAGUUGCCAUUUUAAAAGAAAAUCAAAUAGUAUUUCUAUUUUUUCUGGCUUUUUUUCUUUUUUUUAAAGUUCACAGACAGUAAAGGCAUAUACUACAAUAAAAUAAAAAGUGGUUCUGGAGAAUGAAAAAUACUAGUUUUAACUUCUCUAAAAUUGUUUCCCCUGAGGGAAUGAAAUAAUUGGUAUGGAAGAGGCUGAAAGUAACUGCCUAAAGUGAGCCCAGAGGCCAAGUGCAAAGUAGAAUGCAGAUGACUGCAGCUGAGGUCUGUUUAGUUGAAAAUUUGAGUCCUGCAUCUUCAGACCAGAGGGCCUGGACACGUGCUGCUCAUUUCAAUAUUUACUUACAUUUGAUAUUUUGAAAUUGUCUGCUUUUUGCCAUUUCUGCAGUUUCAAGUAGGAACCAUAUCUGCAACUAGAGGCAGCAAAUAAAACUAAUAAUCAGGUUAAUUCAGGGCAGCAGCCUGCUCUGAGAAUCACGAAGUAUCUCCGCAGGACCUUCUGCCCUCUCCCAGUCAGGCGUGGCGCCUCCGGCUUCCGCGUGCUGUCGGGAGGCAUGGGCUGCUCCUGCCGAGAGGUCCACAGAGCACAAUAUGAC